AGCCCUAACCCUAGAUCUCUAUCCGUCUCGUGUUCUUCUACAUUUGAGAAAGCUCAUACACUCGCAUUACGACGCCGCACCUUUCAUCCAGAUAUGCUGUCCAAUUCGAUCUUUAACCUUCUCUACUGUUUCUGAUUUGAUGUUUUCUCAACGUAUUUUCACUGGAUCUGGAGCUCCAUUUCUUGUUCUUUUUUUUUUUUUGGGCGAUCGUCUUGUUUGUUAAGGAAAAUGGUGUAAUGAGGAAUGAAUGGCGCAUGAUUCGUGUUUGUUUUUAGAUCUCUUGUUGUCUUCUACAGUAAUUCUAUAUGAUUUGACUAUUCUCUUGUUUGAUUUCGCCAUUUUGGAUUUUUAUUAUUUUUGUCAUUAUUAUUAUUUUUUCUUGGGAGGGAAAUUGAGUGACUGAGCUCAUAGAAAACAUAAUUCAGAAUGGAAACGAAUCCAUAAUGAAUUUUUUUGUUAGUGCAUGACAAAAUCGUUUCUCUAUUUGGGUGAAGUUAUUAGCUAUGUGACACAAGAAGGCUUGUUUUAAUGUGUUUAUUAGAUGCUGACCUGAUAGAUAUGUUGUUGCAGUGUGUGAUAUUUCAACUGAAAUGUGGUGGCUCUUCAUCUUUAUUGUGAUUGUGAUUUUUUUUAAUGUUCUUUUAUGAUCUUUAUCUGGGUUUUAUAGGUGAAGCUUCUUAAGGCCAAAGGGUUACACUCAGACGUGAAGAAAAAAUUUGGGAAACCAACAGUUCAGCCUUCUUUUAAUAGGAAAAAUAUCAAAAUAUUUUUAAUUUCUGUUUCCAUAAGCCUAUUGGGUGUUAUGUUGAUAUUUAGUUUAAGACAUGCAUGAUCUCUGAGCAUUGUGAGGGUGAUAGGAACAGAUCAGUUUUUUAUGCACAGUAAAAAAAGUCUCUCUCUGCUGCUAUAGUUUAGUUUGAAUGAAAAUUUUUGCUAAUGUUUUGUAAACAAUUUGAUUUUUAAAUAUUGUUUAAUUCUACAGUUCCUGACAUCCUGUCACUAUAUGAUUGCUGUGGUAACAAGUUUUACAUCCAUUUAUCUUUUGUUCUGAUUUCAAUUUGUUCUCUUAUUAUAAGUUUUUUCUAGCCCUAUGGCAAUUACUGUGGAAUUCUUUAAAUGUGUUUUCCUGUUGUCCAAACUGAGGCUUGAUGUGCCAACUCCCCACAGUUAGAAUCCUUCAACAUUAUAGCUUCUAACAUUUUCUGUUCUUUCUUGUUCUUGAUUUAUUACAUUCCUGCUGUUUGCUUUCUAUCAUCUGCCUGGAAUGGUCAGAGUUUGGAUUUGUAUCUAAGGAGUUGUAGAGAAUGGGUCGUGGAGUUAGCAGUGGUGGAGGACAAAGUUCCUUGGGUUACCUGUUUGGGAGUGGAGAGGCACCAAAACCAGCCUCAAACAAUGCCCCAGUGCCUCCAAGUGAAGCUCCUGCUGUAAAUAAUGGACCAUCCCCCAAGCCUACCACUCCUGCUCAACCAGUAGAUGUUACCAAACAGAUUCCGGCAGGUAUCCAUGGUAAUCUGGCAAAUAACUACUACCGAGCAGAUGGUCAGAACUGUGGAAACUUCAUCACGGAUCGUCCCUCAACUAAGGUCCAUGCUGCUCCAGGUGGUGGAUCAUCUUUGGGUUACCUCUUUGGUGGUGGUGGUGGUGGUGGUAGUGGUAAUUGAGCUCUGUUUUAUAUGUUUGUAAUUGAAAUACUGCUAUCAAUUUCUCUGGAACCUGUUUGGAUCUUCGAUAGACAAUGUAAUUGUGCUUGAUCAUGUAAUAUUACGUAUAUAGGUGGGGUGGCUCUUGCUGGAAUUGUUCAACUGAGAUUGUUUGAUGAUUGAUCUGUAAGAAGCUGUUGUUUCAAGAUCAGUGACAACAAUGAACUGUCAUAUUCUUGGAUGUGUGGUUCUUUUUCGAA